GCACUGCCAGCGUGCAGUUCGCUCCAAGCUCCGCGUUGGAAAAUCGCGAGAAUAUCUUAUGCGACCAUCACAUUUCUGCAAAAUCUGAUACAUUUACUAAGCGUUUGUGUCGUGCUGUUGUAUCCACCAUAAAUAAAUGAAAUAACACGUACCGUGAAGUGCAGCUAACGCAAUCAAAGAGUGCUCUAAUCAAUUAUUCAUUUCAAUUUACCCCGCGAGUAUUGGCCAUGUCAUGCAACCGUUGCAUCUCGCGAACUCUUUCAAGUCCUCGAAGAACUCGGAGAGGCCACAAGCCUCUGUGUUGUGCCACAGAAUUAAUAAAAUAUUCCCAGACACAGCACGCAUCCAAUACGUUGACCAGGUGGAUCAGGUGGAGUUGGAUCAACAGCAGCGACCGGGCAGCAGCUCCACCGUCAGCGGAUCCACACCGCCGCUCCGGAUUUCGCCACAUGGUUCGCCAAACCUGCAGCAAUCGCAGCGCCUGGGCAAGCAUCUCAGCAAAUCCGCCUCGGAGUUGAAUGGUCACGAUUGCCACCUCAGUGAAUCACCGCACAUAUCACCGAAGAGGGCCAAGAGUGCCGUGGCCCAGCAGUUGGCCGGUGCCGGUUCGGGGGGCGUGGCCAGCGGCGUGGGCGUGCUGCAGAAGACGCACGGAUUCUUCAACAAUCUUCGACAUCGCUGGAGUCGCGCGAAGAGCAAAGAUCGUCUGGGUCGCAAGUCGCCCAGUGAUUUUCUCGAAGAGAGCACCGACUAUGCGGCGGAUUAUAGUUCCGAAAGUAGCUCCGUGACCCAGAGUCCUCGGCAUCGCAGCACCACCAUUGGUGGCUCACCACUGGCCCGGGAAUUUCGAGCCACGGCCAAGAUGGCGCAGGUUAUCCAGAGAUUUGGGGGCUCCAUGGAGGGCAGGAUAGAUGAGCAUCCGGAGAACGGUUCGGCCGGCUGCAGUCCACCGGAAUUGACCACCCAACAGCAACUGGAGGCCCUGCAGGCCAACGAGCUGCGUCGCAAGCGCGAAGCCCAAUUACGUCAAUUCGUCUUCUUUCAGCUGCGCGUGCAUCUCAAAUCCGGCAGUGACCUGGUGGCCAUGGACAAGAAUGGACUGAGUGAUCCUUAUGUCAAGUUCAAGGUCGGCGGCCGCCUUCUCCACAAGUCGCGCACCAUUCACCGGGACCUGAAUCCCGUGUGGGACGAGGUCUUCAUCGUGCCCAUCGAGGACCCCUUCCAGCCGAUUAUCGUCAAGGUUUUCGACUACGACUGGGGACUGCAGGACGAUUUUAUGGGCUCGGCCAAGCUAGACUUAACCCAAUUGGAAUUGGGCAAGGCCGAGGACAUCCACCUGCAGCUGUGCGAUUCCAGCGGAAACGGCGGAAGUGGCUUGGGCGAGAUACUCAUCAAUUUGACGCUGUGGCCGCGCAGUCAGGAGGACAAGGAAAUGCACUUUCAGCGCAACUCGAAGCUGGCUGAGUCAUCGAAGCGUUUGAAGUCACAGAUCUGGAGCUCAGUAGUCACCAUACUGCUAGUUAAAGCCAAGGAUUUGCCCUUAGCUGAAGAUGGCAGCAAGUUGAAUGAUACUCACUUCAAAUUCAGAUUGGGCAAUGAGAAGUACAAGAGCAAGUCUUCCUGGACGGAGCGCUGGCUGGAGCAGUUCGACCUACACCUGUUUGAUGAAGAUCAAAACCUGGAGAUCGCACUUUGGAACCGGAACACCCUCUAUGGCAAAGCCAUUAUUGACCUCAGCGUUUUUCAGCGCGAAAACACGCACGGCAUUUGGAAGCCCCUAGAAGAUUGCCCUGGUGAAGUCCAUCUCAUGCUCACUAUAAGUGGAACCACUGCCUUGGAGACGAUCAGCGAUCUGAAGGCCUUCAAGGAGGAUCCUCGAGAGGCUCAAUUGCUAAGGGAAAGAUAUAAAUUCCUAAGAUGCCUCCAAAACCUCCGCGAUGUGGGUCACCUAACUGUAAAGGUAUUUGGAGCCACUGGACUGGCUGCAGCGGAUAUAGGUGGAAAAUCCGAUCCCUUUUGUGUAUUGGAACUGGGUAACGCUCGCCUACAAACCCAAACUGAGUAUAAAACUCUCACUCCUAAUUGGAAUAAGAUAUUUACUUUCAACGUUAAAGACAUCACGCAGGUCCUAGAGAUCACCGUCUUCGAUGAGGAUCGCGACCAUCGCGUAGAGUUCCUGGGCAAACUAGUCAUUCCCCUCCUAAGGAUCAAAAGUGGAGUCAAGCGUUGGUAUACGCUGAAGGACAAGAACCUCUGUGUGCGGGCCAAAGGAAACUCACCGCAGAUUCAGCUGGAACUGACAGUAGUCUGGAGCGAGAUCCGUGCCGUGUGUCGAGCCCUGCAGCCCAAGGAGGAAAAGCUCAUCCAGCAGGAGGCCAAGUUCAAGCGACAGCUCUUUCUGCGCAACGUCAAUAGACUCAAGGAGAUAAUCAUGGAUAUCCUGGAUGCAGCGCGCUAUGUCCAGAGCUGUUUCGAGUGGGAAUCUCCUGUGCGAUCCAGCAUAGCUUUCGUCUUAUGGAUAGUCGCCUGUGUCUAUGGUGAUCUGGAGACAGUACCUCUAGUUCUGCUGCUCAUCAUACUUAAAAACUGGCUGGUUCGCCUUAUAACAGGCUCCACUGAUGCAGCUGCUCACUACGACUAUGAGUACGAUGAAGAUGAUGAUGAUGACAAGGAGAAGGAGGAAAAGAAGUCCAUCAAGGAGAGAUUACAGGCCAUUCAAGAAGUCUCCCAAACGGUACAGAAUACCAUCGGCUACCUGGCUUCGUUAGGCGAGAGCACCAUGAACACAUUCAACUUUUCCGUCCCCGAACUGACCUGGCUGGCUGUGGUUUUGCUAUUGGGCGCCAUUCUUGUCCUGCAUUUUGUCCCACUCCGCUGGCUGCUGCUCUUCUGGGGCCUGAUGAAGUUCUCCAGACGUUUGCUGAGACCCAAUACCAUUCCCAACAACGAGCUAUUGGACUUCCUAUCGCGAGUGCCAGAUAAUGAGGAGAUUAAUCAAUAUCGAGAGCUGCCACCAUCGGCACCCACCGAUCAGACGCGCAACAAUCCCAAGAAGAAACUAAAAGGAUCAUAGUCCAUAACCAGCGCUGAUGCGGCAAUGGCGUCCCUUUCGCCGCUGCAGUCCAGCGCUCUAGGAGGAGCAGCAGGAGGAAGCGGAACCGGAUACGGCGGAAGGCAGCAGCAGCUGAUGCAGCGCUUCCGGGCCAACACCAGCCAGUUGAAGCACAAGUUUGGCCAGGCCAAGAGCCUCAGUCUGAGCCAUAGCGAAUUCAAUUAGACACCAAAGUUAGUUAGCUAGUUAAGAAUCGAAGUCAACCAGUUCCACCCAUAGAAGGAAACAACAUACGCAAUUCACCUUGACUCAAUUAUGCAGCACAAAAUUGCUUUACUUAUUUUAAUACAAUUAUAUAUAUAUAUACAAACAGAAAAUGAGAAUAUUAAUGUAUAUGUGCGCAGAACUCAAACUAUUUACACAAAGCGAUUAUGUACAUACACAAUGAUAGCGGAUAUAACUAGGAAUCUAUUGAAACAUUGCAUGUACCUAAGGUAACCUCUCUCAAAGAUCUAUUCGAAUAUUUACCAAAACUCAAAUUGCUAACUACCAGAUUCCUUUUGCGCGAAUCCAAAUGCGAUUAAUUAUUUAUUGUGUAUUUCAAUUUGUGAUAUUUUCAAAGAAUUUUGCAACUAGGCUUACUACUUAAUGUGACUUAACCCACGGAAGCUCCGUACCGCACAGAAGUUUCCCCCAAACUCCAUUUACAAUUUACCAUUCGAUUGCACUCGACUCGUUUAAGGACGCUUUUUCAUUAUAUACCUUUACAUAUAUACCUAAUUAAGCCUUAUCCUAACCAAAUUGUUUGUAAUUAUUUCACUCGGAAAGAUUGUUCAAAACAUUUUCUAAAGCUUAUAUUUAUUAACUUUGUCUAGGAUAAUCAGCUCUUGAAAGGCCCCGGCCCAGCCAUACAAAUAUAUAUAAAUUAAUUGCUAUAUUACCCA